AUGGACGAACCAAACAGCAAUCCACUUGCUAUGGACCUUUUGUGGGCAGAUCCGAUGCUCAACAUUCAAGGUUAUGCUCCGAAUACAGUCAGAGGAGUAGCAACGUUUUUCGGCGAAGAUACAGUGAUCCAGUGUUGUGAAAAGUUGCGAGUAGAUUUGAUUGUUCGUGCUCACCAGAUGAUGAUGUCCGGUUAUGGGUUCUUCUGCAAUAGGAAACUGAUCACCAUUUUCACUGCUCCCAGAUAUCAACCAGAAGCU